UGCGGCAGCGGAGUCCUUGGAAGGAAGGGGCGACGACGAGCCGCUGGAAUCGUGAUUCAGGACUAUUAGGGAAAGAAUGAGCUGCUUCUGAGUCAUCGCGAGCCUCCAGACUUUCCCCGCAGUGUGGCAGAACUUUGUGCUGAUGAGACAAUAGUGAAGCGUGUGCGUUUCCUACAGGGCAGACCAUUCCGGGGCUGGGGGAAGCCUGGGGCCUGCGCCGGGCCGCGGGGGCCUGGCCUCCUCCCCGCGCCGCGCAGCUCCCCGAGCCCGGCCGGUUUCGGAGUCCCCGCUGGGCGGGCGCGUCCGGGGCGCGAACGGGCAGCGCGGGGAGGGGAACGGGCGCGUGGCGGGCACCGCGCGCCCUCGCGUGUCCCCCGCGCCCGGGCGCAGCUGGCGCGGUCGGUCUAGUGCAGCGCUCGGCUCCGCGCCUCGGGCGCUCGGCUUCACCUUCAGAGGCGCGGAGCGUGCGCGUCCUCCUCCCCGGGCCGCCGCCUCCCCGCCAAGGUGCUCGCUGCCCUCCACCAUGUGCUCCAGGUAGGACAUGCACAUUGUGGUGGCAGGCGCGUCUGCAGCUGGGAAGCAGGAGGCUCCUCUGAACAUGGAGAGAUAAGACCUUGUCCUGCAGGCCUGCCUGACAGAGAGCCCUGCCACCCUGGCUGAGCUUGCCCGUGUCCUUGAGAUGGAUCGUCACCAGGAGGCCGAGAUGGAGCUGCGCAGGGGCCCCGAGGUGGCCGGGGAUAAGGCCCUGAGCCACAGCUGCUGCAUUUGCGGCAAAAGCUUUCCCUUCCAGAGCUCCCUGUCGCAGCACAUGCGCAAGCACACGGGCGAGAAGCCCUACAAGUGCCCCUACUGUGACCACAGGGCUUCCCAGAAGGGCAACCUCAAGAUCCACAUUCGCAGCCACCGCACGGGGACUCUGAUCCAGGGCCACGAGCCCGAGGCCGGCGAGACGCGGGUGUCCGAGGGCCUGGACGGCUGCACCAGCCCCACGAAAAGCACUUCGGCCUGCAACAGGAUCCUGAAUGGCGCCACGCAGCUGGACAACAGCAAGAUCCUGCUGAGGAGCAGCAGGAAGGAGGCGGAGGGGGCCGCAUGCUCUGCGGAGGACGGCGGCGCAGGGGCCCAGUGCUCCUUCUGCAAGAGCAAGUUCGAGCGCAAGAAGGACCUGGAGCGUCACGUGCACCGGGCACACAAGCCCUUUAAGUGCCGGCUGUGCAGCUACGUGACGCUGAGGGAGGAGUCGCUGCUGAGCCACAUCGAGAAGGACCACAUCACCGCGCAGGUGCCCAGUGGGGAGGCCUGCGUGGUGAACGGCAAGCCGGAGCUGCCGCCUGGGGAGUUCCCGUGCGAGGUGUGCGGCCAGGCCUUUAGCCAGACCUGGUUCCUGAAGGCGCACAUGAAGAAGCACAGGGGCUCCUUCGACCACGGCUGCCACAUCUGUGGCCGGAGGUUCAAAGAGCCGUGGUUCCUGAAAAACCACAUGAAGGCGCAUGGCCCCAAGGCGGGGAGCAAGAACAGGCCCAAGAGCGAGCUGGACCCCAUCGCCACCAUCAACAACGUGGUGCAGGAGGAGGCGAUCGUGGCCGGCCUGGCCCUCUAUGAAGUCUGCACCAAGUGCGGGAACCUGUUUACAAACCUGGACAGCUUGAAUGCCCACAACGCAGUCCACCGCAGGGUGGAGGCGGGCAGAACUCGGGCCCUGAGCGGGGAGGGCGAACUCGGCCCUGCGGACUCCCAGCAGCUCUUCCUCCAGUGCCUGAACUUGUGCCCCGUUGGGACCGGUGCACCAGCCCACGGACAGACCGGGCAGCGGGUGGCCGAGCUGGACCCGGUCAACAGCUACCAGGCCUGGCAGCUGGCCACCCGGGGCAAGGUGGUCGAGCCGGCCGAGUACCUCAAGUAUGGGACAUGGGACGAGGCGCUGGCUGGGGAUGUGGCCUUUGACAAGGAGCGGCGCGAGUACAUCCUGGUGAGCCAGGAGAAGCGCAAGCGUGAGCUGGAGCCUGGUGCGCAGGGCCCCCCACGAAAGAGGGCAGGCGCACCAGGGGACCUUGCACCCGGGUCCCUGGACCCUAGGCCCGCCUCACGCCCCAGCCGCCGGGCUGCCACCCCAGCCGGCCAAGGCAAGUCCUCCGAGUGCUUCGAGUGCGGCAAGAUCUUCCGCACCUACCACCAGAUGGUGCUGCACUCUCGGGUGCACCGCCGUGCCCGCAGGGACCAGGAGGGUGCAGGGGACCGCGUGCCCCGCGCCCGCUGCGGCUCACUCAGCGAGGGCGAUUCGGUCUCACAGCCCAGCAGCCCUGGAUCGGCCUGCGCAGCCACUGACUCCCCAGGCUCUGGCCUGGCAGAGGAGGGUGCUGAUGAGAGCGGAGAGGAGGGUGCCACAGACCCUGCACCAGGGGCAAAGCCACACAGCCGCCGCUUUUCCGAAGACGUGGCUCAGCUCCUGCUCUCCAAUGGAGGCCAGAGUCACAGCCUUGGACGCACCCUGCCCGGACAGGACCCCGGCGGGCCCCGCGCGGAAACGGCAGCCCCCGUGUCCGCACGUGAGGACCGCAGCAGGGAGACCUCCAGGAGACCGGAGCUGCCUCGGUUUUCUGUGGACUUGAAGAUGCCUGCGUGCCACCCCAAGCAGGAGGUCCGUGGCUUUAGGGACGCCGUAGACUUCCCUUCGAAUGCAGGUCAGGCUUUUCCAGAAGGCGCAGCCCUGCAGCUAUCCUCGGAGAGCCCGGCUGGCCACCCCAAAGAGAAGCCCUGUGAUCUGCACAAUAAGGAGUAUUCUGGGGGCAGGAGGGCGCUGGCCCCAGACCUGAUCCCGCUGGACCUGAGCGAGAGGUCGACCCGGGACGACCCCAGCCACAAGGAGCUGGCCUCCUCGCUGCAGGCGGCGCUGGCCGUGUACCCGUGUCCCUACUGCAGCCACAAGACCUACUACCCCGAGGUGCUGUGGAUGCACAAGCGGAUCUGGCACCGCGUCAGCUGCAGCUCCAUGGCCCCCCAGUGGACGCAGCCCAACGGCUACAAGAGCAUCAGAAACAACUUGGUUUUCCUCGUCCGGAGCGGACGCACCGGCCCCCCGCCCGCCCUUGGGGGCAAAGACUGCCAGCCUCUGCCCAUCGCUAGGUUCACGCGCACCCAGGUGCCGGGUGGCGCGCCAGGGCCCAAAGGCAGCUCCUUGCCCCUGGGUGGGACCCCAAAGGCCACUGGCAUGCCUAAGAGCCGGGAGGGCCAUCCGGGGGGCCCCUGCGCUCUCUGGGCAGCUGGCUCUGAGGGGCCUCGGCAGACCAAACCGGGCCAUGGCCCGGAGCAGCACAGCGCCCUGGUCCAGCCGCCUCCGCCCAGGCCGAAGCAGGAGGCCGGCCCCAGACCUGGGCCUGCGGCGGGCGGUAGCUUCAGCAGAAGUGCCACCCCCACACCCACUGUCAUUGCCCGGGUGGGCUCCCAGCCCCCGGCCACCAGCAGGCUGGGGGACAAGUAUGUCAUCGCCCCUGUGGGGGCCGGCCUGGGCCCCCCAAAUAAGCACAGUGCCCCGGACCCACCGAAAGCCAAACUGAGCCCUCAGCCUCAGGGUCAGCUGCAGGUGAAAGACGACGGGGGCCCCGCCCUACCUCCCCGAGAGCCCCCCUCCAAGGCCAGCCAGGGCUCCAGAGGGAACACCGCCCCGCAGGCCCAGCCCACCCCGCAGGCCGUCAAGCAGGAGCCGGCGCCCGAGGGCCAUGAGAAGCGCCUAGACAUCCUCAAUAUCUUUAAGACCUACAUUCCAAAGGACUUGGCCACGCUCUGCCAGAGCUGGGGGGCCAGCGGCCCUGCGCCCGAGCACAGAGGGACGCCCCGGACGCAGGCCCGCCAAGGAGACUUCGUCUGCGUGGAGUGCGGGAAGUGCUUCCACCAGCCCAGCCACCUGCGGGCACACAUGCGGGCUCACUCAGUGGUGUUUGAGUCCAACGGCCUCCGAGGUGCUGACGUCCACGCCACCUCCACCGAUGCCCCCAAACAAGGGAGAGACCUUUCUAACCCAGAUGCCGUCCAGACAGUGCCUCUCAGAAAGGGCACCUAAAGCGAACCCCGUCUCCAGCGAACCCCGGUGCCCAUGACAGCCGUUCGCAGUCCCCUCCUGGAUGUCCCAGCUGCCUCCCAGCAGAGAUCCUGACCGCCCGCGCGAGGAAGAGGAGGAAGAGUGGCCGCCCUCCCCACCCGCCACCCCUCAUCUUAGAUCGCUGUGCUGGCCCGGAAGCUGCAGGGCCAGGCCUCUCCUGGCCGGACGUUGAGGAAUAAAUAAAGACGCUGAACUCUAGAACUCCAUGCAGAUGUUCCGAACACGUAUGCGUGCUCGUCGACCAUGGUCCCACGCUUCCUGUGAUAGAUGGUGGCGUUGGCAGGCACAGCGGGAGCACACGUCUGUGCUGCUCACAACGAGUGGAGACACUGGAAAAGAGCUGCUCGCGCGUGUGGGACCGAGUGAAGCCGUGUGUGCAGGACUGUGGGGCGAUGGUGGGGCUGGGGUUGAGCUGACAGUGUUACUGCUAUGGCCUCUCCCCUCUUAGUGGGUAUUUAUGUGGUGAAUGAGACAGGAAGGAGGGGGCGUGCAGGUGCUGUGGCGUACCAGGCUGGGUGGGGUGGGGUGAUGGCAAACUCCCCCUGUCCCACCGUUAGGUUAGGCCGCCUCCCCGGGGCCCUCUGCAUCCCCAUUGCUCCUUUCCUUCCCCCCACGUCUGUGCUCAGCGUGUGGGUGGGGACAUGGCCAUGGGGAUGUUUCUGUUCUGCUUCUGGAACAGAGCGAGUUGAACACUAAGAAAAGCAGGCUUCUUUGUUUAUUCUCAGGACCUCUUGUAACAGGGCUACAUUCUGCAAACUGCUCACAAAGGAAGGCUUCCCGUCUUAACGCCAUCCAGGUCUGGACCAUUUUGGUCGUGCAGGAGAGCCCUGGGAGACUUGGGGGCCCAUCACCCUGAGCUGGUGCUCUGGAACCUUCUGCUCUCUCUCCCUGCCCCACCCCAGCAAGUAGGCCUGUUUCUCCGCGGGCCUGGUGCCCUCCUGGUGCCCCCCACAGGAUGAGCGAGCGUCCUCGUUCCCAGAGCAUGGAGGUCCCCAGGCCCCUGGGUGGGGUGGGCGGCUCUAUAUACCUCUUCCUCAGUCAGGCAAAUGUAAGUUUUCGUGGUGGGGUUAAGGCCCCCAACAGAGGAUCUUAAAUCCUGCAGUGUACACAGUGAAGAUCCUAGUCCACAGAUACAAAUAGUUUCUUUCCUUGGUACCGUGACACUUGGGUGAUGACGGUAACCUUUCUGAGAGUUUCAGACGUUUGCACAUAGGAUUUUAUGCAUUAUCAAAAGUUACUGCUGCCUUGAAUGAAAAUGUUCUGUGAAAUUUUUUGCAAAAGCUUUACUAGGUUUUUUUUAAUUGUGAAAUUUUGUAAAGGCAGGAAGUGGAUUAAAAUGAGCAUGCUACAUAUAUUUUUCAAAAAAGCAAUAAUUUUACAUGUACAGAAAUUAUCCUUAACCUUUAAUACUGGUGAGAGCGACAGUUUACUUCAUACCGUAAUGGGUUAGCGCAGUUUUUGUAGAAAAUGGGCUUCUGAUACAAAGAGUUGUUUAAACACACACAAACACACACACACAUACAUACCCUAAAGUGUGGGGGUUUUUUUUGUUCUAAUGAUUUGUUGAAUUAUUAUAUUAUUAUUAUUGUUGUUAUUGUUAUUAGUUAGUGUUUGGUUCUGGAUUCUACUUGUUACUGAAUUUAAAUUACUUGACGGUUCAGGUUACUUUGCAACACUUGGAAACGAUGCAAUGUAACUGGCUAGUUUAUAUAUAUAUAUAUGUAUAUGUGCAUAUAUAUGCACAUAUAUACAGCACAUACACAUAUGUAUAUGUGUGUAUGUAUAUCUAAUUUUUUACUUGGUUUUCCUGAUAUUCUUACACCGGAUAUGCACCAGAAUGACCCGUCUUGUCGGUGUAAUUGGGAAUGUCCUUGCAAAUACGGUUAAGCGACUGUGACCGACUGUUCUGUAAAGUUAUUUUGAGCAGAUACAUUCCUCUGUUCACCUUAGAAACCACAAUGCCUUUCUGUUGACUUUUGUUGGAUCAUUUCGAUACUUUUCCCAAAGUGACCAUCUCUGCAUUUUCUGGCUUUUCGUUUCUUGGCUGAAAGUGAAAGAUGACAGUUUAGGAACACACAGGGGCUAGUGACUUAGUCCUGGUCUGUUUCUCUGAGUUUUAGUUAUUAAAGAAAGUCUGUACCCAAAGUGACAUGGAGGCGUCGUGUCCCUUCUUACUGUCAGGAAGCAGCACCCAGGAGCCCAGCUGGCACUCCGAGCUGGGCGUGUCUUCACGGAGACUCCUCUCUGGGGAGCCUGGCGGGCUGAGGGGUGGGCGUCGGCAGAGGGUGAAACCAUAGUCAGGGCAAAUAAUUGUGAGCAUUAAGCAGAAAUGAGGUUUCUACUUAAUGACAGAGACGGGAGGGGACCCCUGAGGACGCCCCCCUCUGAGACACACCGUUUCCAGCCUGACUGUGGUUCCUUCUUCCACUGAUCAUCAGUAUUGUAUUGGUUUGUGAAUGCCUUCCUGUCAUCCCUGCCGUAGUAUUUAAUAUGAUUUAUGUUUUCUUAUUUAUUUAGCCAAUGUGUUUCAAUUUGCUUUCCUUCGAACGAUGAUUUCCGCGUGAUCUCUCCUGUAAGUCACCUCUGACUGUUCCAGCCUUUUCUACUACCUCUACCGAUCUGCUGUUUCCUCGAUUCUUCACAGGAUUUUACAGUGUUGGCGUCUAAUGUGACUUGGACAAUAAAGGGUUUGGUUGUCUACUUGCAGCUUCUCCGUGUGUGUCCCCGGCGCCACCAGUGGCUCCUGGCGUGGCUGCCACUCGCUCUGCUUCUCCCGUUCAUGUCUCCUACUCAUUGUCGCCUUCAGAUAACACACAGAUGGAUGAGCUGAUAGAGAUCUUUCAGGUUACUCACUCGUCCUCCUUAAUUUGAAGAAUGAACAUUUCAGUUGCCCGAAGAAUUGGCUUUUGGGCACGUCCACGGCUCGGUCACUUUUCCGCCUGCUUCCCGGGCGUGCGUAGAGCAAUCUUAGGUGGACAGCUUCCACCUUGGUCAAAACACAACACGCAUUUUCAGGCCCACGUGGUUUUUGGCCAUUUUGGUUUUGGAACGCAUUAAGUGCUUUAAGGGGUCCCCCCAAUAGUUAUUUAUUUUUUGAACCAAGAGAGACACUGGUUUCCUGAGAAGGUUUUCACAGAGAUUGCACUGGGAAUCCACCUGUGGCCACCUGGUGAGAGAAGGAAGGUGGAUCUUGCCCAGCCUGGCCGCUCUGCCACAGGGCCUCCGACGUCCCACAGACAGCCAUGCCAAGGCAGGUGGGCCUAGUAACUCACUCAGCACCCAUGAGGGUGGACUGUCGGGUGCUGCAGGGAGCAGGUGGCACCUCCCUAGGGCGCCGGCCGGCUCUGGGAGCGUCCCUUCUUCCAACAGAGAGAGUGUGGCUCUGAGGAUGAGUGCGGGCUGCAUCACAGAAGGGACCGCAGCCUGUCCGAGCACUUCCCGCACUUUCACAGACACAUUCCUUCUUGAAAACAAAGCCCCUCCCCCGUCCCCCGCCCCCACCGCAGAGGUUUCAGGCCUGUGCCCAGGAGAGGGGCCUUGUCUUUGAACCAGUGUACCUUCCCCUCUGAAGGUGUCUACCUGCAGGGAGCGCACGCGCUGCUUUGCUGAUUUUGCCUUUGCCGAGUUCUAAUUGCAGAAUAUUUACUUCACUGAGCAAAGAAAGGAAACAGCAACAGGCCAGGGCGUCAAGGGAGGGUCCCCGCACACCCAGAGCCCCGCGUGCCCGUGGGCAGUGACGGGGAGAAUGUUCAUUCUUCAUCAGUCUUGCUAAUGAUACUUUGAGGCAGUAAAAUGCAAAAGACCAUAGAAUUUGUACUUCUUUUUUUAAAGGCAAUUUAUAACAUUAUAUUUUGUACUCUUUAUAUUAGAAUUUGUAACUAGAUUGAUGUAUUUAACUAUUUCUGAAAAAAAAGUUCAAUGUUUCAGUUGUGUGAUAAAAUAUUUAGAUAAAACAUAUUCUAUUGGAAUUUGAAAUCAAUAAAAACAUCUUGGAGUUCUUGA